AUGGAAUUUCUCUCACUACAGCACCAGCCACUCUCUUCCGACCCGAAUUUCAUGAACCCAAUUUCCUGUAAACUAACACCAACACUUCGCAUAAUUUCCACCAAAUUCAGGCUUUUCUCUACAUCUUCCCCAAAUUUAACAACUACCCAGACCCCAAUUCGUGAAGAAAACUGCAUAAAAACUUCUUUGAGUGGCAAUACAAGAGUGAAGGCGAAGGUUUUGGAUACCCAGUUGAAAGAAAACUGGUUGGACUCUCUUACUUGCCCAUUUCCCGAGAAGCUAUUGCGGUCUGACCGUGACAGUAACGGUCAGCCAAGCAAUGAAAAGUCCGGAUGGGUAAUGGGGAUUGACCCGGAUGUUCAUGGGGCCUUGGCGGUCCUGAAGACUGAUUGUUCGGGUUGUUCUGCUCAGGGGCAAAGGCAGAGACUGGGAGAUGGAAAGGUCAAUGGGGGAAGAAUAGGGACUAUAGGCGCAAAACGGAGUGCGAAGGGAGAGAAUUGUUGGGUGAAGGAGAAAGGGGGACGCCUGGGGGUAGGCAAGGUAGGUGUUGGAGGAGAAUUGAGAGUGCAAGAGGAAAGGGGGGAUUUAUUAGAGAAGUGGAGUCAUGUCAAGGAGGGGGUGGAAUCUUGUCGGGAGUUCAUGGUCAGAGGGGUUGGAGGUCUUGUUUUGACUGAUUUUGACUAA